AUGGCGACACAAGCAGGCCCCGUCAUUCCUCCUCGACCAUCGAGGUCCCCUCAGUCGAAUCUUGCCCCCAAUUCGUUAUCAGACAUGCCAACGAUCCCUCCUCGUCCCAAUAGGAGCGUUGAACGCUCCGUGUCUCCUCUUCGGGACAGCUAUGCUCCUUCCCCAUUGAACGAACCUCCGAACGCUGCGGGAAUGACUCGUACCGUGUCCAACGAUCUUCCACAGCGACCCCCAAGUGUGACGAUACCGUCACUUGGAGAAGAGGGUAUCGAGUACCAGAACCUAGAUAUUGGCAAUGUGUCAGAUGGCCAUCACCAAAUUGGUACUCCGGCGGAGACCAGGAAUGUGGGCAGUGAUCUCAAGAUCCAUGCGCCCCGACCAUCAUUGCCCGUUUCGAGCGCCAAGGCAAGGGUGCAGGCUGUUACUCGUACAGAUUCGCGUCAGGCCGCUGCUGCAGGUCUCGGCGUGUCCGGAUCGCCGGUGCCUGAUGACCAUCACGAGCGCUCGAGUCGCUCGCUUCACUCCAGAGCAAGUGGCUCGCGCGCAGACUCUUCCACCGCAUCCUCUGAUCGUCGACGCUCUCUCCAACUUGCCGCUGAUGAGCACGGAAUUCCUGAAAUCGGUCAGAGAGUUCCCAUGUAUCCCAACGCGGGUGAUGUGCAAGCACCGUCUCCAAGCCCCUAUCAGUUGGAGCACGGAGGUCAACGCCAGGGACGCCACCAUCACCGAACUCGCAGCGGCCGUGAGGCCUCCUUACCCCCCGGAAGCUAUGGACUCCAUGGACAUGGUGUGCCUGCCACCGACAAGUUUGAGAAGGCUUGGUAUGACAAGCAUCCCGAAGAGUACGUCAAGGUCGAACACGGUCAAUAUGGCCCUGGCGUCGGAACUCCCCGCCCGGAUUGGGCACUGAGCAGCGAUGAUCUCAACAAGAUCGUCCGUAGCUCUGCUGUGACCGGCUCUGGUCUCGGUACCUCUCCUAAUGUUGCGGGUACUCCAGAUGAGGAGGUCGGUUACAUUGCCACGGAUGAAUACACCCACCGUAUGGCGACGCCGGCUCCCGAAUCGCGCCGCAGCUCGCGCCUGAUCGGCGAGUCCCCCCUGCGUAACACGGACGUCCCCGCUUCAGAAGCUGGCGUUGAGCGAGUGGGGGGCAAGACUGAAGACGCUGGUGUUAUCCAUGUCGAUGAUCCAUACCACCCGCUUCAUCAUCCCGAUGGUUUCGCACCAAACCCAGCCCCUGAAGAACAAUCCCAUGAAGUGGGUGGGGGGCUUGAAGAUGAAGAUGAACCUAUUUUGGCUGCCGAUGAACUCCGCCCAGAAUCGGCCUUUCAACAUCCUGCUGUCUCUCCCACCUUCGAUAGGCGGGCUAGCGACUAUGAUGGCAGGAGUCGCACUCCUAGCGUUAACCACAGUCGCUCAAAUAGUCGCUCUGCUACUCACGGCAUGCCCGCUCUCGUGAGAUACAACUCGCGCGACGAACGUGAAGAGACACACACGCCUCUUGAUGACGUGGAGGAGUACGAACCACUCUUCCCCGAGGAUGAUAAGGACAAGAAGCCCAUUUCCGCUGCGGACCGCUUCAAGCAGCGCCCUGAAAUGCUCAAGCACCGAUUUCCAAGCGAAGAUAUCUGGGAAGAUUCUCCCAACAGUUUGCAGCUUCAUACCACUGUUUCCACACCGGACGUUCCUAAGCACGAGGCGUUUGAGACGCCGGAACAGGAGUCGUUCCGCCGCAGUCACGCUCCUCACCUUGACCCUCGCCAGGUCGCAGAAAACAUCCUUGAGUCCGAAGAAUCAAAAGAAAAGACUCAACCGCGCCCUGAGAUUUGCAAACAGCGGUUCCCCAGUCGAGACAUUUGGGAAGAUGCACCCGAGAGCCAGACACUCGUGACGACAAUCGAGCCCUCGGAGGAGAGUGAGGUGAAGAGUCCCGAUGUACCAUCGAAACCCGCUAUUCCAUCUCGCCCUCCGAAGCUUUCACAACAGGCUCCUGCGGUAGAUGCCUCCUCGAAGCCAGCAACCUCUCCAACAGAAAAACGACAGCCGCCCAGCAUUCCAGAUAAACCCAAGCCACAGAUUCCUGCUCGACCAGCCAAGCCUAUUAGCCGUGGAGCCGGAGAGGAAGGUCCAGCCAAAGAAAAGCCAGCCGUGCCCGUUCGGCCCAACGGAAGCAAGAUUGCUGCACUUAAAGCAGGGUUCUUGUCAGAUCUAAAUUCGCGUCUGCAGCUGGGUCCCCAAGCGCCAAAGCCCCAAGAGAAGAAAGAGGAGGAAGCUCCGGCAGAAAAGGCACCACUGAGUGACGCUCGCAAGGGUAGAGCUCGUGGUCCUUCCCGGCGAAAGCCAGCUUCCGAGAGCGUUAGCAGAAGGCUACCGACUAUUCCCGAAAUUAAGAUCACCGAGACUUGGAAUGUUUGGCAAGUUGGUGAGGAUGGCAACCUGACGGUCGAAACCGGAGUUAAGGCCAAUCAGCCUGAGCCGGCUGCACCUGAAGUCUCGACUUCAAAGGACACCAUGGCCCCAGCCUUGUCAAAGAACAUCGCCGGCGAAUCCACUGAUCCGUCCCCGAUGGCGGCGGCCAAGGAAUCUGCACCCGAGACAGCUGAGACGAUACCAAGCGCCGAUGAGGAGGCUGCGGCUGUGUCUGCUGCGCAACCCUCGAAGCCGGACGAGGUACAAGAAACGUCUUCAGAUGCGCAGUCUAAAAUCAAACCUAGUAUAUCGCCCCCGGUAGACGACGCUAUUGAAGCCAUGGCUGCUACUGCUGACGGGAAAAGAGCGUCGGAAGGCUCUGUGCUCGCCGAGGAGCAGUGA